AACCUCUUGGUUCGAACCGAGAAAGACAGUCCAGACUGCCGUGGGGAGACGCAGAUCCAGAAGGCCGUGAUAGCAGAAAGCCAAGCCACGCAGAAGACGCGAACAGAACCAACAACAAUGGCGGACCCAAAUUCGGCUCUUGGUCCUCUCCCAAACGGUUGGGAGUGCCGAAAUGACCCGAGAACGCGAAGAAACUACUUCAUCAAUUUUAUCAACAAGACGACCACUUGGGACGAUCCACGAGUGAACCCUUCCAUUGUACACGCGCCGCCCCCAUACAAUGAACCGACCACUGAUAUCUUCACAAUGCAGCCCCAACUGCAUGGAACACCUGACCAUCGCAGUGUUUACCCCUCCCAUUCUGCCCAAUACCACCCCCAACCUGCUUUCCAUUUGCCCACUCCCUACAUUCAAGAGCUUUUAAGACAGGAUAUAUCCAGUUACCGCCCAAGUCCAGUGCCUGGGCGGGUACACACUGCUCCAUUAAUGGGCUCACAUGCCAUUGGACAUCACAGCAGCAGUAAAAUUCAUGAAACCUCAUUCAGUACUGCGGUUGCCACAGAGCACUCUGUUGCUAAAAUAUCAGCCAUGUUUCCAACUGUAUCUGAAACUCACAUUCGCGCCCUUCUUAUCAAGUAUCACAGCAGAGAGGCUGUGGUGAUCAGUGCUCUACAGGUUGAAAAGAACCCGAUUACAACUCCCGGUCCCUUCAGCACCCCUCCACUCUCUCGCCAUAUCAUCAUUCCUCCUUCCGUUCUUCCUCCUAACUAUCAUUCUACUCCACCUCCUGGCCUCCGAGAUUUUGCAAGCACUCCUCCACCUUCUUUGUACUCAUAUGGUUAUGGUACAGGUGGAACUCUGACUGGAAGUCUUGCCUCUAGCUCUUGUAUGGGUUCACCAGCAUUUCGACAUUCUCCAAGGCCUCAUUCUUCUCCUAAGAUGAAACUAAGAUACAUGAAGAGUAUGUUCCCUAAAGCAGAUGAAACAAUCAUUCUGGAUACUCUAUACAAUGUGGAAAACAAUGUCGCAGCAGCCACAAAUCAGUUGCAAGCUAUGGGCUUUGACAAAAAAGAUUCAACACCUUCAUGUGGUGGCACACCAUCCUCCAAAGGGAAAGAAACAGAAAAAAGUUCUAAGAAUGAAAAAAAGGAAAAGGCUGUACCUACACCAACACCAUCUGCAAGGUUGAGGAGUGUGGUUGAAAAACAAGAAAUGCGUGACAGGCUAAAGAAAGUUCACCCUGACCUCGCAGAACAGCUCAUAUCAAUGGCUUUAGACAGUGUUGAUUAUGAUGAGAACCGAGCUAGUCACAUUCUGAACAUUAUGAUUAAAGAUGAAGUCACUCCCAAAUCUACACAGCCAAACUCUGCUUCAUCAUCUCAACGACCUCAGAGCAGCAACAAAUCUAAUGAUGCUGAAGUAUCCUCCAUGGGAACAAAAACUACUGUCGAGGCAGACAUAGCAGCUGGCACUGCUCAUAAACUAACCAUUGCUAGAGAAACUGAGGAUGAACUCAGUAGGAAUGAGCAAUCUACCGUAGAGGUUGUGGUGAGUUCUGAAAAGACUACUGACACGAAAGAAUCUGCUGUAGAAAUCAAAGGCCCCAGCAGUAAAACAGUUUCCACAAGUGCAACCAUUCACUGCCCUCCCAAUAAAUCUUCUUCAAAUGAGACUUCUCAGUCUCCUAAAUCAUCAUCAGCUAAGAAGACAAAGGGAAAAAAAGGGAAAAAGGUUUCGAGAGGAACCAGCACAACCGAAGACAAAGAAUAUCGCUCUGCUCAUAGACUGAGAGCGGCAGGCCCUAACUCAAGCCUCCAUCAUGGACCAAAUGAUGAACUUCUGUUAGAGGAUUAUGUCACAUGGGCAGGACCUAGUCGUCAAACUAAAGGCUCUUUUACUACCGCAAUCGGUCCCAACAAAAAUUUACUUCGUGCUCAUCGCUACAGUGCAAAGGGUCCAAACAGAGAAGCUUGCAAAGGCCCUCAAAAGGGACUUGCCAAAGGAAGCCUAUAUUCUCAUUUGGCGGCAUGUAACGCAGCCACAACCCUAGUGGCUGUGGAGUCUCGAGGAAAGUAGGGUCAGAUGACCAGGAAAUCCCUCACGACCUAUAUUUUUUACUACCUCUGGGAAACAACUUGCUCGGGACAAUUAAAAGGGUAUUUUACUACAUUUUAUAAAAAGUCUGGCCUUAAUUUCCUAUGUAAUUUGUCUUUGAAGUGAGGCAUGUAAAACUGUCCAUCCAAUAAAGCUAGGUGUUUACUAAGUACUUUGGUUCCAAGGAAAAAUUUUUAGUUUUAUGACUUAAUUUUUGCCCUAACUGUCUUCAAGAAAUUACCGUGCAAAGGAUUGACAGCAUUAGUCACAUGUUGUAGAAAAGUCCUUGUUUUUUACAUUGCUGACAUUUCUUGGCUUUGUAGAAAAUGGCAGUACUCAUCUCAAACCUCUGCAACCAGCCGCCUAUUUCAUUUCAUCUCUCUUUCUGGCUGUUCUAGUCUGUCCCCAUCAGUUUCAUAAAUAGUAGUUCUAUUAUUUAGGAUCUUCAUAUUGUAAUCAGAUGUGGUUGAUUAGAUUUUUUCUUUACACCACAUUGUGGUGACCACACUGUGCAUGUUGUGUGAACUUCAUAUCUGUGCACACCCUUCACACAUGAAUGUCUAUCUCUCUACUGUGUUGUUAUUGUCAUCUGUGUGUGUGUGUCCCUGAAUGUUUAUUACAGUCUAGUGAAUUUAGCCAAUUUUUGCCACAUAUUUCAAUUAGUAAUGUAGUGAGUCUAGUGACGAAGCAUAAAGCCAUCAAACUUCUUGAUCUAGUCCAAUGAACUACUGUGAUUUAAAACAAAAUCCAUUAAAUUUUAUUGUCAAUACAUUUUUUAAAAAUUAAUAACAUUUUUAUGGCCUUUUAAGCACCUUUUUACUACUCACUUACAUCUGUUGCAUUGGUUUAAAAAUAACCAAUCUUAGUUUAGAUUGUGCAAGACAAUGGUUCAGUCAUGGAGAAUAGACGUCUAUUCUCCAUAGUUUAGUAUUGUUACUAAUUAUAUUUGAUUGUAUACUUAAAUUUCGUCCAUUAUAAUAGUAGGUGCAGUACAAGUUAUCAUUUUUUGGAGGAAAGAAGCACACCACUGUUGACUGGUUGACUAUCUAAUGUCUAAAAGAAUGGAGUUGCUCAAAAAUUUGUUUUGAUCAUUUGGUUUGAAUGUGAUGUAAUGUGUGUGAUAAUAGAUACAAAGUUUCUAGAUAUGAGGAUUUGAAAUGUUAUUUUUGUGCUGUAUGGCAAUAUUUUCACUUGCAUCACUUAAUAAGUAUUUCUUAUUGCCAUUACUGCACAUUAUUAUCAGUUCAAGUGAAACCUGAGAAAGAAAUAAAAAUUUUGCAGUCAA